AAAAGAGAAGCGUUUGCAGAAGGCGACGAGGCUGGGAAGGGCUGCCCCCCUCCGGCCCUCCGCGGAUACAGAAGGGAGCUCCGCCUGCCUGCCUGAGCGGGAUUAAACCUCCCCUCCCGCCGCCGCGCAGCAACGCAGCCAUCCGCGGGCUCGUUGCAAAGGAGGCGUCUCUUUGCAAAACUUGGAUCUCCGCCUCUGCGCGCUCGAGCCCGCCGCUGGGAUUUGGGGCUGUUUUGGUUGGUGUGUUGGCAACCGACGGGGGUCCGUCUCGCCUCGAGGGCGCGGGGCUUUGCGGCCCGUUUGCAACGGAGAGAGAGAGACAAGAGAGCCAGUCUUCGAAACGAAAGCAGCCGAGUUCCUCCAGCCUUCGCCCUCCCCGGGCAGAAGUUCGCCGGGGCUCGUUGGAGCUGCCGCGUCCUCCGGGGAAAGCUGGAGCGCGUCUGAUUCGGAUUGGGGAGGGGGAGCCUGCGCUCCGGAUUAAGAUCGGGUCAACCCCCGUCGUCGCCGUCGCUCCUCUUCCCGGCCAGGUGAGCCGCUGGCGAUGAGUCACUAGGGCAUCAUCCCUCCUCCUGCGCCUCCUCCAGGAACACAAAAGAGCUCCCAAAAUAAAAUAAAAUCUCUGCAAAGUGCUUGGGCUGAGAUCCUCCGGCAGCACAGCGCAACCAGCCUCCUGGCCUUAAAAAGCAGCCUUUCCGGGUCCUUUUGUAGCCAUUGGGACUGUGCUUCGAUGUGGCGGCCGUAGCCGAGGGGGGGGUCCCUUUCUCCCCUCCCCACCCACCCCCAGCCGAUGCCCUUGGACCAUGGUUGCUUCCGAGGCAAGAUCAUGAAGUGUUUGACUUUCUUUCUUCUGCUUCCAGAGACCUUAAAGAAGUCCAAAAAGAGCGUGAGGGCCGGCAAGGGGCCAGCAUGCUAUGAGGUCGGGGCCCCCCUCGCCCUCCAGAAGAAGAUGGCUGCGGAACUUUACCCGGCCAGCGCCAACAACACCAACCUCGCCAACAGCAACGCCGCCGCCAACAGCAAAAAGAACGCCCUGCAGCUCCAGCAGAGCGCGCAGCCCCCGCCGCCGCCGCCCCUGCAAAACCUCAACAACAACAACUUGGAGAGCGCCAACUGGCAGUCCUUCCACCCGACCCUGCGGGAGAGGAACGCGCUCAUGUUCAAUAACGAGCUGAUGGCUGAUGUGCAUUUUAUUGUGGGCCCCUUGGGGGCGGCCAAGAAAGUUCCGGCUCACAAGUACGUUUUGGCAGUUGGUAGCUCCGUCUUCUAUGCUAUGUUUUACGGAGAUCUCGCAGAGGUCAAAUCUGAAAUCCAUAUACCAGAUGUGGAACCGGCAGCUUUUCUAAUCUUAUUAAAGUACAUGUACAGCGACGAAAUUGACCUAGAAGCCGACACGGUGCUUGCUACUCUCUACGCCGCCAAGAAGUACAUCGUCCCUGCUCUGGCAAAGGCUUGUGUCAAUUUUCUGGAGACCAGCCUAGAGGCCAAGAACGCUUGCGUCCUGCUGUCUCAGAGCAGACUCUUUGAGGAACCGGAGCUGACGCAGCGCUGCUGGGAAGUCAUCGACGCUCAAGCCGAGAUGGCGCUGAAAUCGGAGGGCUUCUGUGAAAUAGACCAGCAGACCCUCGAGAUUAUCGUCACCCGGGAAGCGCUCAACACCAAGGAGGUGGUGGUCUUCGAGGCUGUCCUGAACUGGGCCGAGGCCGAAUGUAAGAGGCAGGGCCUGCCCGUCACGCCCAAGAACAAGCGGAAUGUAUUGGGGAAAGCUUUAUACUUGGUACGGAUCCCCACCAUGACUCUGGAAGAGUUUGCCAAUGGAGCGGCUCAGUCCGACAUCCUCACCCUCGAGGAGAGGCACAAUAUUUUCCUGUGGUACACUGCCGCAAACAAGCCCAAGCUCGAGUUUCCGCUGACGAAAAGGAAAGGGCUCGUGCCCCAGAGGUGCCACCGGUUUCAGUCCUCCGCCUACCGCAGCAAUCAGUGGAGGUACCGAGGCCGCUGCGACAGCAUCCAGUUUGCUGUCGACAAACGGAUAUUUAUCGCCGGACUGGGGUUGUACGGGUCCAGUUCGGGGAAAGCCGAGUACAGUGUCAAAAUCGAACUGAAGCGGCUAGGGGCCGUUCUCGCCCAGAACCUGACAAAGUUUACCUCCGACGGAUCUAGUAACACUUUCUCGGUGUGGUUCGAGCACCCCGUGCAAGUGGAGCAGGACACUUUUUACAACGUCAGUGCCAUUCUGGACGGCAACGAACUCAGUUACUUUGGCCAAGAGGGAAUGACUGAAGUCCAGUGUGGCAAAGUGACGUUCCAGUUCCAGUGCUCUUCGGACAGCACCAACGGCACUGGAGUACAGGGGGGGCAAAUUCCCGAACUCAUUUUCUAUGCAUGAUGCAUUUCACUUAGGUUGUAUUCCGGUACUGCUAUGCACGCGGUUAAGGGAUGCUCUUCAUUUCACUGCAGCCGCAGUACAGAAUGUUUCCCUACUUAUCUACUUACCACCAGGCUAUCCAACUAAGUGAAGGAAUGCUCGUGAAUUUAAUCUUAUUUUAUUUAUUCCUAAGCUAUUUGACUUAAUUAUUAAACUGCGCCACGCAGGAAAAGGGGGGAAGGGAGGAAGAGAAAAGGUCUAAAAAGUUUUGCACGUACCGUGCGUUUAUUUUGUAUAUAGAUAAAACUAACUCGCAGCUGACUCAAACGGAAUGUUCUAAAGUAGAGCGGUUUGAGAAUGUUGAAUAUAAAAACCUUUUUACUUGUCCUAAA